AUGGAAAAGGCGACAUUAGCAAAUUUCCCAGAACUACCAAUUCCACACCCAAGCCGUCUGCCAAAUGUAGAGGAGACUCGAACCAGCAAGUCCAUCAUAAAGCAACUAGAUGAGGAGAUACGCGUGAUUCAAGCAAAGGUGACGUCGCUUAAAACGCAGCUUCAUAGUCUUCGGCAGAAAAGAGCGAACCAUGCUUCCUACAUUGCCCCACUGCGACGUGUCCCCAUCGAAAUUUUGAGAGAGAUAGUCAAGAUAUGCUGGGAUAGCGGCGUGGACAUGGCGGUUUUACUCGAGGGAGAUAUUCGAUGCUAUUCGAUAUCGCGACUCGACUCCGUACUCACACGUGCUGGUAAACAUCCUUUGGACUUGACCGUUGGUUGGCCAGUACGACUAGGACAAUUGGCACUGAUAUCCUCUCAAAAA